AAAGGUUGAGCUGCAAGCAUAAUUUCUGGGAGACUGGGUUGGUCGCUGACCACAUCGUAUGCAGCCUUUCCCUACACCAGCUCGUGCGUAGACUGUGGUACCCAGGACAGCGUCGUAAGUGCUGCAAGGAGCACGGACUAGGCACGUCAGGGUGCUUGAGAGCAGCAUGGCAUGGCACGCAUCUUUGGCAGGCAACUGCUCAGCUAUGCAUCCGCAGCUCUCGCACCAUCUGGCCCGAACACGCUUUCGAACCAUGGACGGGCAGCUGCGGCAAAUCUCCCCGUUUGGGCGAGAUAUACAGUCUCUCGAAAUAUCAGCUUCCCUUCUGUGAUACUGCCUCCCGAAGAAGCUGAGCUGGCCGAAGGAGAGUUGGAUCUGAGCUACAUUCGAGAUGCUGCCCUGACAUCUCGUGAACGGCGAUGGCUUGCGUACGACGGCCGGACACCCGAUGUGCAGGCUCUUCUCAGGGAUGUAGAAGCCGAUUGGAAGCGCAGCAUCCACUUAAAUUUGCUGGCCACCCCGUUGAGAAGAUGCUCCAUCACGAAGACGAUGCUUCCGAGUGGACUCAUGCUCAAGUUGAAGUUCAGACCCAUACAACAUGAAUCCGCUAUAGCGAGCAGCACCGCCGGCGGCAAACGAAACAAACACAAUGGCGAAUCAGUUCUAACCUUGAGACAGCUUGAACUGGUCCCAACUCCCUCUCUCUCUCAGCAGAAAGGAUUCGUGGGCAAGAGUGCCUGGAUCUUCUUACACUCAGACAUGCUGGAAGCUGCUGUCACGAAAAGCAUUCAACGACGCAUUCGUCCGAACGGAACAUCCGUGAGCAUGCCUAGUGCGGAUACGCUCGCUACGCUUGCGCACGCCGCACUCAAGCAAGAUGCGCUGCAGUGUGCUGGCUUCAGCGAGGCCGAUGCAAGCUUUGUACACGCCAGUCGCGAGCAAGCGGAUGACGCAGGAGACGGCAUUGCCCCAAAGAUCGAAUCCGAGCACUCUCCAAAAUCGCAUCUGAUAGGGAGGGCAUCUGCGUUGCUGGCCAGCAUUCCGGAUUCACAAGAGGGAGAGGCAGUCCAAGUCGGCGAAGGAAUGCUGAAACAUGCGGAACAGCUCAUUCGCCAUGCGCGAACGCAAUCGCCGAUCGUAAAUCACGCCGAGACGUCUGAAAUCUCGCACAAGCAGCUGAUGACCACAGCGAUGGCGCUAUGGCGGCUUCGCAUGUGGGCAGUGGGCCCUUGAACCGCGCGCGAACGGCAUGUAUUAAGCAAUCUUAGAAUAAACGUGAGCAUUACAC